CGCCCCGCCGCGCGCCGCCAUCGCCGUCAUGCUGGGCUCCGCUCUCCGCCGCUGCGCCGCGGCCGCGGCCGUCCGAGCCGCACCGCGAGGCCUCCUCGGGCACCCGGCCCCGGCUCCCGGCGCUGCCGCCGCGCUGCAGGCCGCCCGCUGCUACUCCCAUGGCUCACAUGAGACGGACGAGGAGUUCGAUGCUCGCUGGGUGACGUACUUCAACAAGCCAGACAUAGAUGCCUGGGAACUCCGCAAAGGGAUGAACACACUUGUUGGCUAUGAUCUGGUGCCAGAACCCAAGAUCAUUGAUGCUGCUUUGCGGGCGUGCAGACGGUUGAAUGAUUUUGCUAGUGCAGUUCGCAUCCUAGAGGUUGUUAAGGACAAAGCGGGACCUCAUAAAGAAAUCUACCCCUAUGUCAUCCAAGAACUGAGACCAACUUUAAAUGAGCUGGGAAUUUCUACUCCAGAGGAGCUGGGCCUAGACAAGGUGUAAGCCCCUGUAGUUCCCAAGCACUUCCUGGUAUUACUACUUGAUUGUAACCGGCACCUGGAAAUACUGAUGAUAACAUAUUACCUUAUUCAGACCCGUUUUCCUUUAUUGAGUGCUAAACCAUGUUAUGGCAAUGUGAACUUUAAUAAACGGGAAAUGAGUUUGAACUGAA